CACUGAUGAUCAGUGUGCCCUGAUGAUCAGUGUAGCCCCAGCACUGCCACCUGUCAGUGUCCAUCGCUGUCAGUGCUCAUCAGUGCCCUGCCUACCAGUGCACAUCAAUGCCACAUAUUAGUGCCCAUCUGAGCUGCCUUUCAGUGUCACCAUUCAGGGCCAGUCAGUGCCACCUAUCAGUGCCAUAUAUCAGUGCUGCCUUUCAGUGCCCAUCAUUGAUGCCUGUCAAUGCCUAUCAGUGCCACCUACCAGUGCCUCCUCAUCAUUGUCCAUCAGUGCCACCUAUCGGUUGUCCAUCACUGCAGCCUCAUUAACGCACAUCAGUGAAGGAGAAAAAUCACUUAUUUACAAAAUUUUAUAAAAACUAUGAAAAAAAUUUUUU